CUGAAAAUCCUACUGGAUCUUCUAGUGACCUGCUGUUCUUUCCUGUUUAAUUUUUUUUUUAAAUUUAGAUUAAAAGCAAAGCUCGCUCUCUGUCAUAGUUUUUCUCCCUCUUUUUUAAAUUUUGUAUUCCAACAGACAACACAACCCUUCAGUUUAAGGUUCUGUUCUCUCCUAUGAGAAGAAGAGGGACUGGAGGUACUGUAGAUUGUAGGUGAAUUUGAAUGGAGGAGUGUAGUGUUUGUAUCUUGUUGGAGGGGUUGGUGAAGGGACAGGAAAGGGGGGGUACUUGGGUGUAACGCUCAAGCUUCACUGCCAUGUCAGUGCGUGUGGACUCCAACUGAUCACAGAGCGAGAGAGACGGAGAGAGGAAGAGAGAAACCAGAGUGAGACUUUGGUUACACCGAGGAAACGGGAAGAAGGAAAAGGAGCCAAAGUGUUAGUGUGGGGAUUUGUUUUACCGUGAGACCUGUUUGACGGAUGCACUGACAGAGCUCUCCCAGCUGUGUCGACAGGCUCCGUGUCGGACAGGGACAGACAGAGCAGAGCUGAACGGAAAGAAGAGAAGAGAGCAGGACUGGGCAGGAGGGAGGACUGCUCUCUCCAACCUUGCCUGAGACCAGACCAAAGCAGUGGGAAAGAUCUGGACUGGGCUGUGUUCCUGGUGGUGGGCAGAGGAGUGGAGGGCCAGGGGACAGGCUCUGACCUGAUAAUCAAACAGACUGAACAUCUCUCCUGGGACCAUGUACCCUCAGGGCAGGCAUCCGGUCCCUAUUCAGCCUGGCCAGUCUUUCAAGUUCACAGUCCUGGAGACCCUGGACCGCAUCAAGGAGGAGUUCCAGUUCCUCCAGGCUCAAUACCACAGCCUGAAACUGGAGUGUGAGAAGCUGGCCAGUGAGAAGACAGAGAUGCAGAGACACUACAUCAUGUACUAUGAGAUGUCCUAUGGGCUGAACAUAGAGAUGCACAAGCAGGCAGAGAUUGUGAAGCGUCUCAGUGCCAUCUGUGCUCAGAUCAUCCCCUUCCUAUCUCAGGAGCAUCAACAGCAGGUGGUCCAGGCAGUGGAGAGGGCCAAACAGGUCACUAUGGCCGAACUCAACGCCAUCAUUGGGCAGCAGCAGCUCCAGCACCUGUCUCACCACACCCCAGGUAUUCCCCUGACUCCCCACCCGUCAGGCCUCUCUCUGGGGGGAGGUUCAGGUCUGCUUGCCCUUACUGGAGCCAUGGGGGUCUCAGCCCACCUGGCCUCCAAAGAUGAACGCAACCACCUGGACCCUGAGCACCUAAGAGAGGCUGCGCCCAGCAGGAGUAAGUCUGUGUCGUCGACAGACAGCCAGCAAGUGGAGGAGCGCCAGGGCCCGUCGGGGGGGUACUCCUCCUCCCAGGGAGGGGGCGACGCUAAGAGGAGGCGCUGUGAUGAUAAGGAGCCCCUCCCACCUCACUACGACAGUGAUGGGGACAAGAGUGAGGAUAACCUGGUGGUUGAUGUCUCUAAUGAAGAACCCACGUCUCCCGCGGGCAGCCCCCCUCACUCCCCCCACGGGAACGGUCUGGACCGGGCCCCCACCCUGAGGAAGGAGUUACCAGGGUCCCCCAGGAGCCCGGGCGAGGUCCCGUCCUCCCCCCUACCAUGCAGCCCCACACCGGGCAAGGCCAAGGACCCAGCACAGGUGGAGAAGUCUGGGUCUUCGUUGUCUAAGUCGGGCACCCCGUCCCCGUCUCACCAUGAGGCUCUUACCCCCGGCCCCAGUACGUCCUGCCUCCGCCUGGUCAGCAGGGUUGCCUCCUCCGCUGACCCCCUGGCUCUCCGCAGUCCUCUGUCUGUGCCCCCCAGUUUGUACCCUGUUCAAUUUGGGGGGGUGUCCCUCGCAGGCAUCAAUGGGGAGCUAGCCAGUCCCGGGGGCUUCUCGCCCCAGAUCAGCGCUGCCGCCAGCGUCUACACCCGCAGCCCCUUGGCUCUCCAGGUGGCAUAUGAUUCUCGGUCCCACCUCAGGGCCCCAGGGCUGUCCUCCUCACUGCCUGGUGGAUCCUCUGGGGGAAAACCUGCCUACUCUUUCCAUGUAAGUGCGGAUGGACAGAUGCAGCCGGUGCCUUUCCCUCCGGACGCCCUGAUGGGCCCGGGCAUCCCUCGGCAUGCCCGGCAGAUCCACACUCUGAACCAUGGAGAGGUGGUGUGUGCCGUCACCAUCAGCACCUCCACACGCCAUGUCUACACCGGCGGCAAGGGCUGUGUCAAGGUGUGGGACAUCAGCCAGCCUGGCAGCAAGAGUGCCAUGGCCCAGCUCGACUGUCUGAACAGGGAUAACUACAUCCGCUCAUGUAAGAUUCUCCCUGAUGGGCGGACACUCAUCGUUGGAGGUGAGGCUAGCACACUGUCAAUCUGGGACUUGGCCACACCCACUCCCCGCAUCAAGGCGGAGUUGACGUCUUCUGCCCCGGCCUGCUACGCUCUGGCCAUUUCCCCCGACAACAAGGUCUGCUUCUCCUGCUGCAGCGACGGAAACAUCGUAGUCUGGGACCUGCACAACCAGACCCUGGUUAGGCAGUUCCAGGGCCACACUGACGGGGCCAGCUGUAUUGACAUCUCCAACGAUGGGACCAAACUGUGGACGGGAGGGCUGGACAACACAGUACGCUGCUGGGACCUGAGAGAGGGACGACAGCUGCAGCAGCACGACUUCACCUCACAGAUCUUUUCUCUGGGCUACUGUCCUACAGGAGAGUGGCUGGCAGUGGGCAUGGAGAGCAGUAAUGUAGAAGUGCUGCAUGUCUCCAAACCAGACAAGUACCAGCUGCAUCUCCACGAGAGCUGUGUGCUCUCCCUCAAGUUUGCCUCCUGUGGCAAGUGGUUUGUGAGCACAGGGAAGGACAAUCUGCUGAAUGCAUGGAGGACGCCAUAUGGAGCCAGUAUUUUCCAGUCCAAGGAGUCCUCGUCUGUCCUGAGUUGUGACGUGUCACCGGAUGAUAAGUACAUAGUGACUGGUUCUGGAGACAAGAAGGCCACCGUUUAUGAGGUGGUCUACUGAGAACAGGAAAUAAGUGUGGGGGGGGGGGGGGUU